AUGGAGUCCACGCACAGCUUAACAAACACGCCGACUCCCAAGCCCCUGAAUAUUCCAAAAAGUCUCCAAAGGAGUGAAAACAUUUCAUCUACAGUCAGGAAAAACGCCUGUUCGCCUUCUUUUAUACCAAGGAGACGCUGUUCUCACGUUGUUCACACUCCCGUUCCUCUAUCAACUACCCAACUCCCGGUGAAGAGCAUCAAAUCUAAAGCUACAAAACCGAACCGCCAUCCACCUAAAUCUACCCUACUGCUUAAAGGGAACAUGGACCGCCCCAAUACUGGGAAAAGAGGCUGCGAUGGUAGGAUAUCAUCAGGAGAACGACAGCCAAUUCCCAAGGGAGAAAAUAUCUUAUCUCGCGCCAUUCAUGCACUCGAUUUCAGAAGCCGUGAAUGUAGUGGGAAUGAACCCGAUGAUAUUGCUAGAGGACAUGGAAUCAGGCUGCCGUCUCUACAAAAAACAGCAAGAAAGGAGUCUGAUCCGAACAUCAGCAGGCACGCAAAGAUAGCCACUGAGAUUAAAGCCUACAACGGGCUUUAUGAGAAAGCUCAGCCUAACAAACAUCAGAUUCCACCCUACAUUGAUGACUACCUACAGGUUGCUAAAGCCAACGAAAUUCACACCCCCUUCUCUCGAAAUCCUCAGCAUAUUCAAAUAACGUCGGCCGACAUGAGUCUUACUGUUAACGCUGUUAAGUCGAGCCAUGUGCAGGAUGGAUCAACUUGGAUAACUGCUGUGGUUUCAGCUAGUAUCGAUGAUUCUAUGGGUGGAAUGGAUAUAAACGGACGGCCCAGUGCAGAUAUCCCACUAGACAUAAUGAUACUAGUUGAUAAUUCAGCAAGAGUUACCGAAGACUUGUUGAAGGCCGCUUGCAGAAACGCGUUUCGGCUUGCCUCCGCCCUGGAUAUACUCAUAGACAGAAUAGCCAUAUGUUGCAUAUCUCCCGACCCUACGCAGAGCCUUAACAUUCUAAUGCCACUUUCCACAUACAGUCUGGACACUGCUCGUAUUCUUUUUCGGUCCCUGCCGGCUUUUCAGCUCCCGCAUGGAGAGUCCAGUCGGUCUCGUUUUGCUGGAGCUAUUAAAGAGGCGUCCAAUUAUCUGAUUCGCCAUUCCAGUCGAGGAGCCUUAUGCCACAUGUUCCUCGUCACUGCAGGGUCGACUGUACUCAUUCCCGGUGACUGUAAUGGGGAUAAGUUACGCUACCAUACCAUCUCCCCUGAAAAUGCAAUGAUGAUUCGCAGUCAACAAUCGCUAGAAGGAUGGCAUAUUGGAACUAGCUUUGACAACGAAGAGUGCAACCUUAUCGCUUCUACUUUUAAGGAAAAAUUACAAUUUGUUAUUAAACACCUUAGGGUAGGGGUGGAUUCUGGGUAUUUAAACGAUCUUUCUUUGCGGCUUGAAGCAGGACCCGGCUCGCAUAUUGAGGCCAUUCUUGGAGACAUAACGCGGGACACACUCCGUCUAGGUGAAUCAUGGGCCAUAUUGGUUAAAAUAAAACCUACACCAGGGCUGGAAAAUGCUAUUGGAGGCGGCCCUGCUCCCCGUUUUGGCGAUGACGAACCAUACACCCCGAGCGAAUCAACCGUGGAUAGGAUGAUUGAUCAGCUCCAAGGGAUGCUUAAGCCAGGUGUUUACACUACUGAAUCCGAAUAUUACAUAUCUGCAACACUAGAAUACAAGCAUUCAGCGCUUUCCGAUAAUACUGUUAUUAUGACGAAAGGGAAAUGCAUAAUUCCAUCAUUCCAUAGAACAGUUACCUGGGAUGAUGAUGUGAAAUCACCAACACCUCGGGACAAUUCAAGAAUUGUGCAUCGCCAGUACUUAAAAUCCCCGUGUGAUAACGAAAUGAUUCGAGUGAAGAAACGGCAACAAAUUGUUAGUAAGACCAAUGGAUAUGGUCUCCAGCGAAAGAGUUUUGGAAAAGAAAAUUCGGCUCCCCCCUUGAGCCUUGGGGGAAAUCAUCUAGUAUACAGGGACACAUCGCCGUUUGGGAGCAUGAAUCCAUACAACAAUAUUUGCAAACGCGAUGACUUUCUGCUGGCACAACAAUCCCUGGACGGAAUUCCUGAAUAUGGUCAAUUCUCGCACUCUUCUGCUCAAAUGAACUAA